AUGGCCGAUAUCCCUGGUCUGGAUGAGUUCGCGCAAACGCGAGGCGCUGACGAUCUAUUCGACGAUGAGAUCAUCCCCGUCGAGCCAGAGGAUCACCCGCCUCAGCCGGAGCCUGAGGUUGUAGCUACAGAUCCGGAGGCUGCUGCUGCAUCUCCUACCGUGGACCGGGAGCCUGGACCGACGCCUGUUUAUAAUGAUAGCGGCCCGCGAUCGCGGGGAGGUGAACGGCGGGGUCGUGGGAGAGGGAGAGGAGGGCGCGGUGGGCGAGGAGCGCGUGAGUCCGGACCGAAGCGGUCAGAAGGGUCAAAGAACAAGCCUGACGAGGGGUCUGCGGAACCUGAGGCUCGGAAUGGAGAAGAAAAUGCCGCGGAGGUGCCUGCUGAGAAGGUAGAGGAGCCGGGCCAAGAGGAUGCUGGCGCAGCAGAGCCACCGCGCGUGCCGGCUGUUCGUGGGGAUAGGAGCGCGACCGGAGGAGUUAAGAAGCCGAAACUUACAGAAGAAGAACUAUCCCGACGCAUUGCUGCCGCGCGCGAGAACGCCGCUAAAGUCGCCGCUGCACACGCGCGUGCUGAGGCGGACCAGGCCUCAUUCAUGGAGCGCGAGAAGGUCGCAGAGAAGAAGCGACGCGAGGAGCGAGCCAACCGACGAGUAAUGGACGCUGAUAGAGAACGAAACCGACAGCGGAAGCUUGAAGCCUUGAACGGGAGGGAAUGGGAUGCCGACAAGCCGGAAGAACAGCUCAGCUCGCGCGGUGGAGGAGGUCAGUUCCGACGGGGUAUGCACGGUGGUGUUUCUGGUGUAUCCAGAAAGGGCCUUGAAGGGUCCCGGUGGGCUGAGGAAUCACCGGACGACAACGCUUCUCAACCACAUGGUCACCGUGGUCGUGGGCGUGGUGGAAGAGGUGGACGCGGUCGUGGCGGCCGUCGUGGUUCUCAGGAUCGCACAUCCGAAACACCGUCUCAAGAGAAGGCUGCGGCGCCUACGCCGGUGAUCAGCAACGAGGCAGAUUUUCCUUCCCUUCCCGGCGGAGAGAAGAAAGAACCCAACACGACUGAACCCAACAUGACUGAACCCACGUCGGGCUCCGAUAACAAUUCCAAGCCCCUAUCACCAAUUUCUGGCGCGACAUGGGCGGACCAAGUCGAGGCCUAUCGGGAGUAG